AUGCAAGCUCCCUUCCCAAAUUUUGACCUGAACAACAUCCGCUGGCAUCCCACCUACGGUCAUCUCCUAGCUUCUGCAUCCCUAGAUCAUACAGCGCGCAUAUGGUCUGUGUUUGAUACUCCCGGAGAGGUAGUAUCGGUCGAGCAUUCCGAAGGAGUAAAAGACGUGCAAUGGACAUGUGAUGGCACGAAGCUCCUCUCGGGAGGACUAGAUAAAUAUGUAAACGUAUCAGAUCUCGAAUCUGGAAAAAUCAUUCACUCCUACCACCACACAGAAUGGAUUUCAUCUCUGUGUCCUCACCCCACUAAUCCCAACAUAUUUUUAUCUGGAGCGACACGACGCGGCAUCGUCUGCUGGGAUAUGCGCAUCAAUCGCGUGGUUCGCGAGUAUUUCGGUCGAUUUGGCGAAGUCCAAGACAUGACCUUUCUGGAUAGCAAUGGCUACAGCUUUGUUUCGACCGCAGAGAUCGUUCGGAGAAAUUCGCAGGAUCAGGGCAUUAUUGUGUGGGAUUGUAAAUCAGGAGUUCGUUUAUCGAACCAGGUGUACAUCGAAGGUUACACAUGCACAUGUGUUCGAAAGCAUCCUAUCGAAAAUGUGUUCAUCGCACAGAGCGCUGCGGGGUACAUUGCGUCGUUCGAAUCGACGAAACCGUACCGAUUGGACGUGCGAAAGAGAUACGAAGGACAUCAAGCGAAUGGGUUCAAAAUCGGCUGCUCGUUUUCGGGGGAUGGGAAAACGAUCGUGUCCGGCUGCAGCUCUGGAGAAGUCGUGUUUUACGAUACGAAAUCGUCGAAAGUGGUGAAGAGAAUGGAUGUGGGGGCGAAGGAAGCGACGCUGAGCGUGGCGUGGCAUCCGCUGCUUGUGAGCACGGUGGCGGUGAGCAGUUGGGAUGGGUCGAUUCGAAUCUUGCAGUAG